CAAACAGCAGGGAGGAACAGAUGUUUUCACUACAGGCUGAGAGGCAGCUGCUCUUUCACAAUCACUGACGGACUCGGCGAGACGCGCGUGUUUACCGAGAUCACACUGUGUGCAGUGUCCUUGAGCUGAGUCUCUGGUAGCGUGACGGGGAAGUGGGAGAGCAGGACUUCACUGCCAGUAGAGACCAGGUGGCAUCCAUGGGGCGGAGCCCGGCUGUCAUGUGGACCUGCCUGCUGGGGUCCGGACUGACCCUGGCCUUCUGCGUUAUAACCUCCAUGGCUGAGCCCCAACCCCCGCAGCUGAUUGACUGUGUGUUCCGUCAUCGAGCCAACAUCACCUGCCGCUGGGAGGAUGGCGACACCCUGACGACAAGCUACACUCUGCAUGUUGAUUUGAUGUUUGAACAAGAGGGCAGACCUAUAAAGACAUUCACCUGCAGCACAUCUGGAACCAGCUGCACAGUGCAGUUCAGCGACUCUGUGAGGAAUUGCUUUUGCAUCACUAUCACGGCACACAGUCACAACCGGAACAUAUCAUCAAACCGUCGGUGUCAGUCUGGCAGUAUUGAAGUGAUGUUGCCUCCAGUGCCCAUGAGCAGAGUGAAGUCAGUCAGUGGGAGACCUGAGUGUCUGAAUGUAACCUGGAACCGAACCGUGUCGGUCUUUCCUGUGGCUCUCUCUGAAAUCAAAGAUGGGAAACUGUUGUCCCAGAUAAAGUACACAGCACAGGGGCAGUCCGAUGCUCAGGUGAAAAAUGUGACUGGGAGAGACACAUGGUUCGAGGUUUGUGACUUCAAGCCUGACACUUUAUACACUGUCAGACUUCGUCACAGGUUCCAGAGUCCAAAGAGUCCCUGGAGCCCGUGGAGCAACGCCUGCCAGGGAAGGACAGGAGAGGAUGCUCCAUCUGCAGCACCAGCCUUCUGGAGGCAAGUGAAACAAACAGACAAGGAUGGUUGGAGGCUCGUCUCACUGCUCUGGAAGGUGUUGCCUCAUUUUCUAGCAAAUGGCAGAGUUCUCUUCUUCAACGUGACGUGUCAGACAGAAGGUGCCCAGAACCUGAGUGAUCUUGGGGGCUGUGUAAAUUUGCACCACACAAGUACUUCCUGUAGCUUGCUCCUGCCUGCUGGACGAUGCUCCUGCGCUCUGACAGCCUCCACCUCUGUAGGGAGCUCACCAAAAGCGCGAGUAUGGCUCAGUGGAGCUUCUGAGACAGAGCCACCACCACCGAGCCAUAUCACUGUAAGUCCACUGGGUGACUCGCGCUUGGAUGUUAAUUGGACAACCUCAGUCAGUUCGUCAACGAGUGGCUUUGUGGUGGAAUGGUUUGCUGUCAGAGAGAAGAACAGCGGCAUCCUACACUGGGAAAAGCUGAAUAGUUCCUGCACAGGGCUGGUCAUCACCGAGGGAGUGAAGCCAAUGGAAUGCUAUGCUGUUACUGUCAAAGCACUGUACAAUGAACGAGGGACGGGGCAGAGCAGUACAAUGCAAAUUUACACACGCCAAGGAGCGCCCUCAGCUGGUCCUAAGGUGGUGGUGCAGCAGAUCUCCAGCAGCAGAGUGGAGCUCAAGUGGAGUCCUGUACCUGUAGAGCAGCUUCAUGGUUUCAUCCGCAACUACACAAUCUUCUACACAACAGCAAACCGACCAGCCAGGAGAGUGACUGUGCCUGGUCACGCUCUCCGUCACUCUCUGGAGCAUCUGCCAUCUGGUAACUAUGACAUCUUCAUGAAGGCCAACACUGACGCUGGAGCUGGAGCUGCUGGGCCCAUCGCUAAUGUUCACAUAGGCUAUGAGGAAAUCAAGAUAGUGAUGUAUGCCGUCCUUCCUCUCAUCCUGAUGUCACUGGCGCUGGUGCUGAUGGUCUGCCUCGCCCAGAAUAAGAGGGUGAAACAGAAGCUGUGUCAGAACGUCCCUGAUCCUUCUAACAGCACCUUGGCACACUGGACCCCAAAAAUCACUCUGGAGAGUAUGAAGCAGCCUGCAAUGACAGAGAAGACCAACAUCAAAUGCUCUGAAGUUAUUUUGCUUGGUGAAAGUGAGCUGCAGAACUUCAACCCAGACCAGGACCUCAGUUAUGAAACAUAUCCCUCUCCCCACGAGUGUCUGAUUCCUGAUUCAGGCGCUCAGACACCUCAAAAUACUAGAAGAUCUGAGAAGAAGUAUGUCAAAGCCUCAACUGCCUCCUGCUCCUCUAUCUACUCCAAUGUCGUCUUCUCUCAGGCGCUCGAUGGUGUCCCUUCACCCUACCUGUGCUAUCUCCAAUCCAAUGACUGGCAGCACAGCACUGUUAGUGACAUUAAGCUGCAGCUAGGUGGCGACAGUGAGCCGUGUGUGUCUCUGCAGGGCAGGAGCACCACCAGAUCUGAUUCACCUCUGUCCCAAGCAGAUGAUCUAAAAACCCUCCAUGUUUUUCUGAGACAGCAUCAAAGUCCUGUGUUCUCCCAUUUGUCCUCCACCCCGCUCUUUCAACCAGCUGUCACGUCACCUCAACACCCUUUUUCCCAAAGCCUCUGUAACGUCCCAUCACUGCAGCACGACCCCUUCGCUUGCCCCAGUGACACUUUUACGACACCAUUGUCACCUGAUCUCCACUCUGCGUUAGUGGAUUUCUCCUACUGUCCCGUGGAGUGUGAUCCUUACAUCUCCCUUUCUGUUUAAUCUGAUGCAGGAAAAUAAAACUUGGAUUCGUUUUAUUAGUGUCCAUGAAAAUAUGCACACCCCUUUGACUUUUAAUCAAAACUUUAAAUUGACUAUCAUACUAAAAUUUUAGAAUUAUUUUAAAUCAGUUUGAUCAAGAGGUUUUUUUCUGACUUUUUUUUAAUGUUUAGUGUCCCCCCCCAAAAAAAAUGAAGGAAUAGUCGGACAUUUUAAGAAAUACACUUAUUUGCUGAAUGAUAUACAAGAAGCUCGAUACCAAUAUUAUGUCUGUCUGUUUGGUAUAGAGCUGGAUCCAGCAGCCAUUUUGCUUUGCUUUGCUUAGCUUAGUUUAGCUUAGCUUAGCUUAACGUAGCAUAAGACUGGAAACAUUGAGAAACGGCUAACCUGGCUUUGUCAGAAGCUAAAAAUAAUCAAAAGUGAUACAUAAUCUAAAGUGUGGUACGGGGGCUAAUUUAGCCCAGCUCAGACCAAAGAUUCGCCAUGAGACGAAACCCUUUCAGAAUGUUGCAGAGAAAAGUCGCAGCGGUUUGACCUGGCCGUUUUGAGCUCGACUCAAGCCGACUGAUGGUGUCACCUGCAACUCAGCUGGUCAAAUCGCCGGCAGGUGGUUUUCGAAGGCAAAGCACGUCAGCUAUUUCAAAAGGCAAUCGGCUUGUAGUGAAGUCCUCUGGUCAAGUCAAAAUGACUGCAGACGGCGUGUUCGCUUGCAUGCUCGUUUUGUUUCUGUUUUUCGCUGUUCCAUCACAACUACAAAUGCAACUGUAGACAGUAUCUCACUAUCACUAUCCUCAUUCAUAGUUUAAGAAGCUACAAAUUAUAUUCAGCCACAAAAUAAGCCUGAAAAGCUGCAAACAGAGCAGAGUUACAGAGUUGUUGCAUAGAGAUGAUACACCAUCUCAUCUAGUUGCAUUGGUGUGAACCGGCAGGUUUUUAGAACGUUGCAGAACGACGUUGCCUGUUUCAACUCGUCUCAUCGUGAGUCUUUGGUCUGAACUGGCCUUUAGCUGACCUUCAUACAGCUGUUUCCCCUUGCUUCCAGUGUUUAUGCUAAGCUAGGCUAAUCAGCUGCAGGCCGUAGCUCCAUAUUUUCCCUACAGCCAUGACAGCGGUAUCAAUCUGUUCAUGUAACUCUAGGCAAGAAUACCAAUAUGUUUCUCAAAAUAAUCAAAUUAUUAAUUAUAUUCACUUUGUUUGAAUUUGACAAAGCAUUAAAAAACACAAGGGGGGUGAAUAUUUUUGAUCGAACACUGUAUUGUUUGUGGUUGAUAUAUUUUUGUAUGCUUGAUGCAUUGUGAUGAAUUUAUAAUGUGUUUUUGACACUGUACUUCUUUACGCAGCUGAUACAUGUACUGUUUAGUAUGCUUAGGCCUUUACUUGAAUACUGAGGAAUGUAAAUAACCUAAAAUGCUUCUGUACAUACUGUAUGUACUGAUGUUUGGGAAUGCCUGUUCUAUUUUUCUAUCCAGUGAACCUUUAUUUAUGAAUGUGCUAAUAUACAGAAAAAAUAAUAAUUUAACAGAAUAUUUCACCCACAAAGUGAUCAUUUGUAAAUCAGCUACUCGCCCCGUGUUACCUUGAGUUUGUGAAGAAAAAAUAAUGUUUCUCACAUGCCUCCACAGUGAACGAAAAAUCCAAAAACAAAAAAAAAACUCUUGAUGAAUUGAAGGAAAGGGGGACCUUGAUUAACAACAGCAAAACUAUGCACUGGCUCGCCCAGGUGCGCCACUCAUAUGAAUAAGUGUUUUGGGGGCUGUGUCAACCAAAGCGUUUUUUCUGGGGCCGGCAUAUAUUUUUAAUUUGUCACGAUGGGAGCACCGUGUAUUUAUGCUGUGCUACAAGCGCCAGCAGCCUGACUAGGCACUGGGCGUAAAUUCUGCACUAAGCAUUGCCAGUUAGGUGUUUUUAUCGAGAGUUGAAAUUUUGGAUAAAAAUGCUGCGCUCGUCUAUGGCUGCCCCCUAACAGUCGACCAAACGUUAGUCAACCAGAAAGGUCAUUAGUCGGCAAGAUUUCAUUGGUUGCUUAGUCUAAACUAUUAGAAGCUGCACCUUGUCCAAAAAAAAAAAAAUCAAAACCUAAAUGACUGGACCAUGUAGGAAUUUAAUUUGAAAGGACAGACACAGGAAGAUGCCACGCUCAGCAGUCAGACAGGAGUCCCUUUAAAAACUUUACUGCUUUGCUGACAGCGUCAUUAACAGGCGGCUCGCUCAGUGUGUGACGUGCACUUGUAGAUAAAAUAUAGGCCUAUAUUAAUGAAGGUUCAUUUGUACAGUUUUGUUUUUCUCUGUAAUGUAGCACAGUGUUAACAAUGUUACUGAUACUAUUCUUUCUCACACCUUCAACUCAAACCAUUGUGUUGCCCCACCCAAAACAUAUCAUUUGAUUAUUAAAUUAAUAUCGUAAACAUGCGGGCGACUAGUCGACUAAUGGUCCUAAAUGAUGACUAUUGGUCGACUAGGAAAAUUCUUAGUCGGGGGCACCCCUAUGCUCGUCACUGUCACUUAAGCCAUUAAAUCACAGUGGAGGAGGGACAAAUACCACAAACUAUCCCAGCUGGGCAUUUACAGCUGGACACGGGGCCUAAAAUCAUAAUGUUUUAGCCAAAAUGCAUUUGUUAGGGAAGUCCUGAGCAUACUACUGGAUAAAUGAGACUUGGAUUAUACUGCAGGAGUUGUGUGAACACAUAUUUUCAUGUAGUUUUACUGUUGUUAAAUGUGGCCCCCAUUUACUCCAAUUCAUCAAGAAUUUCCUCUGUUUUUGGAUUCUUCAUUCACUGUGGAGGCAUGUGAGAAAAACAAAGUAUUCUUCACAAAUUCAGUGUAACGCAGGGUGAGUUAUUGAUAUACAAAUGAUCAUUUUGUGGCUGAACUGUUCCUUUAAGAUGUUUGAAGGGUUCAUUUUUGGGGUUGAAAUAUGGGGUUAUGAUUUUCAGUGCAGGAAAAAAACCCAAAUCAUUUUGUGAAAAGAAAACUUAAACUUUGAAGUGACUAACAUAACACUGGAAACAAAGAGUUGUUAGAUUUGUGCCAGUUAUAUGCGUCUUCUUUCUAUCCAUCAUAUCCCUGCUGGCCAGUUUCUCCUGGUGGCAGCUGUUUCUCUUUGUUUAUGCAGUUUGUCCCAACACUUCCCCUCGACGUAUUACAUAUUUUGUCUGUUACGCACUCGCAGUUGGACCUUUUCAGAGUUCUGUCAGUUAUCUCAUGUUGCUUUGAAAACUCACAUACCUUAGAUUCAGACCUGUUUUAUAGUUCAGAGCUGCUGACUGGUAUUUAAUCUCACAAUAAGCCACUUCUGUAGCAGUGUUUGCUGUAACUGUGAUUACUUCAAGUUCUUCUCAGUUUGUAAGAUGUGUUAGAGCAUUUAAAGCUGUGCAUGAGCCAUCAUUUCAACAGUAAAACAGAACAUAUGCUGUGUGUGGA